AUGUAUGAAAACAAGACGGCGGUGGACUAUUUCAUUCUUAAAGGGAUUUCAGAUGUCUCCAAACUGCAAGUUCCAAUCUUCCUCCUGGUACUUUUUAUGUAUCUCAUCACUCUUGGUAGCAACCUGACAAUCCUUCUAUUGGUUUGCCUGGAUUCUCAACUCCACACUCCUAUGUACUUCUUCCUGUGUAAUCUCUCCAUACUUGACAUAUCUUCUGCCACAGUCACCCUUCAUAAGAUCCUUAUUACCUUCGUAACAGGGUAUAAAAUUGUAUCCUUCAAUGAAUGUAUGGUGCAAGUAUAUAUUUUUUCAUGGCUCUCGGGCAAUGAGUUGAUAUUGCUUACAGCCAUGAGCUACGACCGUUAUGCUGCCAUCUGCAAACCAUUGCAUUAUUCAACUAUCAUGAGUGGUAGUGUCUGUGCUUUUUUGGCCACAUUCUGCUGGUCAUUUAGUUUUUUACAGAUUCUUCCCGCAAUGAUAAUGCUAACGGAAUUGUCUUGCUACUCUUCCAAUAUAAUUAACCACUUUUUCUGUGACAUUGUGCCAAUAAUAAGUCUUUCCUGCAGUGACACCUCCACUUUGGAACUGCUGAUUUUUACACAAGGGGUCCUACUUUGUGCCUUCACCCCUUUUCUACUCACCUUUGUCUCCUACGUCUUCAUCAUUGCGACCAUAAUGAAAAUUAAGUCUAGUACAGGAAGAUCUAGAGCUUUCUACACAUGCUCGUCGCACAUAACAGUGGUUACUCUUCACUACACCAUACUUGGCUGUCAAUAUUUUACACCGAGUGGAACUCUUAAGUUUGGUAAAAUGUUGUCUUUGGUCAACACAGCUUUGGUUCCCAUGCUAAAUCCCCUCGUUUACAGCUUGAAAAACAAGGCUGUGAAGUCAGCUUUACAACGACAACGCAAGUACUUUAUGACUUUAUACCGGUCAAUAACAUACUGAAUGAGAAGAUUCCGAUCAAGCAGUUCUUGCUGAUGAUUUCAUAAAUGUACAAACCCUGGGGCUACCUAAUUAAAGGAAAUUACGUUUUUGGUUUAGAGUUUAUUAAAGCCAAUCUUUUAGCAACUUUACAACUCGGUAC